GUCAAGCCGCCGUUCGUGGCGCAAAAGCCGGAAGUUAGCUUCCAGUUUGACUGCGAGUGAGAAAGCGAGCUCGCAGCCAAGUGAAAUCGAGCGAAAAACGUGAAAAUGUUGAAAGAUUUGGUGAGGGAGCGCCUAAUUGCGGUCGCCGACGAAAUCUUUGAACUUUUCGAGCGAACGAUCGCGUCGUACGAGGAGCAACUUUGUCGCGCGCGAGAGGAGAACGAGCGACACCGACGACGACUGGAAGCUUUUUCCAUCAACACUCCAAAAGAAGCCCCGCCCCGGCCGCGGGGGCCGCCCGCCCGCGUCAAACGAGAGGAGGACGAGGACGCCGGCAAGUUGCCGCCGACCGCCGACGAAGACGCGGCGCCCCGGUCGUCCCGGCUCCGUCGUCCCCGCGGAGGCCCCGCCCCACCGCCGGACGCCCUCUUAGCGCCGCUGUCCGACAGCGACGACGGACAAACGGCGCCCAACGGCGACGCCGACCGAGGCGCCGACGGGAACGCGCGGCGGACGGGAACGCGCGGCGCCCCGAGCCGGCCCGGCUCGUUCACGUGCGGCGUGUGCGCCAAGAGCUUCACGUACAAGUGCAACCUGAACACGCACAUGCGCACGCACAACGCAGAGAAACCCUUCGUCUGCUCCGUGUGCGGCAAGCGCUUCUCGCAGAAGGUGCACAUGCUGUCGCACAUGCGCACGCACACGGGAGAGAAGCCGUUCACGUGCUCGCUGUGCGGCGUCAGCUACCCGUACAAGCUGAGCUUGACCGUGCACAUGCGCACGCACACGGGGGAGAAACCCUUCUUCUGCUCCGUGUGCGGCAAGCGCUUCUCGCUCAAGUCCACCAUGGUGUCGCACACCAGGAUACACACGGGGGAGAAACCCUUUCGCUGCGCCGUGUGCGGGAACAGCUUCUCCCGGAAGUCGUCGAUGGUUUCGCACAUGAGGACGCACACGGGAGAGAAACCUUUCGCCUGCUCCGAUGAGGCUUUGAGGCAAUGAAGCGCCUUGGCGCCGUCACGUCACGUCACGUCACGUCACGCACGCACGCAGACUUCCGGCUGGCAAUUUCUGCCAGUCAAACUCGACCGAGCAUGUCAGACAAUAUCAAAACUGGCCUCAUGCUGUCAACGAACGAAGUUUUAGCUUUAGUCAAAUGUAACAGUUCUUGUGCGAAGAAAAAAAACAUUUUUAACUUGUUUUUGACUGUAGUGUCAGCUGAAACUGUCACGAAAGACAACUUCUCUUUAGCCCCUCCCCAACAAAAAAAAUACAAAAAUAAAAUAUAAAAAAAGUAUUUCUUUGAGUACCAGAAAUCAGAAAUGUAUCAUGAAAAGAAAACCUGAUGAAUGCUCAAGAUUGUUUUCGUUUUAGUAGCUUGAAUGUGGGAAGUGAUGUUCCGCGAGGUCGACGGCUUGAAUUGGAAUUUAGAGCUCCAGCCUUUUCAUGCCGCACGCACUCAAAGUCACAGAUACUACAGUGUAGAACGUGAGCAUGGUGAGCCCAAGUGUAACAAAAGCAGUAUUUGCACCUCACAUGCAUAUUUCGCCUUGCUAUUGUUGUUUAGUAUCACAAAAUCUUUGCAAAUGUCCCCAUUGUGGGAUUAAUAAAGGUCAUCUUACCUUAAAUACAUUUUUUAUGGCAUUUCUUGAAUAAUUGUUGGGACGAUGAGAAGAAUAAUCGCCUCUAAAAAUGUUCGCUAGCCCCAUCUACUCCCUCGUGUAAGAACAGUAAAUUUUCCGAUCGUUUGUAUGAUAUUUUUUUUUUGGGCUAUCAUAUGAGAAGAGGCGGGUCUUGAGGUUAUCACGCAAAUGUACAACGUUUCCAUAACUCUUGCGCAACGGCCCCAAAAACUUGGGGUUCACUCGAGGUCACGGUCGUCAAGCGACGCGGCCUGCUCGUUCCAAACUUCUUGAUGAAAGUUUCAUCAAGCGUCAUCGAUUGUCGUAUUUCUUCCCUCGCAAAAGGACGUUUGGCCGCUUCUGUCUCAAAUGAGUGUCGGCCCGACCGACCGAACGACCCUUCUGGAUUUUUGGAGGCCGAUUAUGACGCUAAUGGUCCUGUGAAGAAAAAGCCAACAUGAAGUCGUUCUGUCACGUUUGGUCACAGACGACGGGUGAGUACUUGUUUUUCUUUUUCUUUUUCUUUUUGAGGAACAGUGCUCAACUUAUUUGGACACUUGCAUGGCCGGCGGCUCGCAAUUGUGUUGCUGGGUUGCAGAUCCAAAUAUUUGUGUGUCCAGUGUGAAA